ACUAGUAGUUAGUUUAGUUCCGAUCCCAGUGAGGGAAUGCCAGCCAUCUUGCUCCACUCCACAGAGUAUAAAAUUAAAAAAUGUCAUUCAGGAAAAUCGUCGAACACUUUCAGUACCGUCGCAGCACACUCUCUUCCUUCUCGCGUCCAUUUUCAACUCAUUCCUCGCAACCACCGAACCAAAACCAAGACCCUCACUCCCUAAUGAAACAAGACCCAAUCGAAAUAUGCACUUCCCUAUGGGUCAAAACCUUCUCCUCUUCAACCACCUCAUUCCCCAACCUCACCGGCUUCCUCUCCAACUUCGACCUCUGGCUCCUCGCUUACCAACGCUCCUGCGCCCACGCCACCGGCACCUUCCCUCCCCGUAACGCCGUCCACGCCACCGUCCUCCACUCCCUCCUCUCCCUCCGCAACGCCGUCAUCCGCAACCGUUUCGAAUGGAACGACAAAACCAACCCUCUCCUCCGCGCCCCCAACGACGCCGCCGUUUCCAAGCCCCUCUCCAAACGCAAAUUCCGCGCCGCUAUCCAAUCCGGCAAGCCCUGCUUCCAGGACCGCGUCGUUCAGGAGAUUCUCUUGAUGAUUCUCGAACCGGUUUUUGAACCCCGGUUCUCCCCUAAAUCUCACGCGUUUCGACCCGGUCGAAACGCCCACACGGUUAUUCGAACCAUUCGGAGCAACUUCGCAGGGUAUCUGUGGUUCCUCAAAGGGGACUUGACUGAGAUUUUGGACCGCGUGGAUCCGAAUGUUGUAAUGCGUUCCCUCGAAAAGGGUACCAGGGAUAAGAAGAUUUUAGGGUUGAUAAAAUCUGCGCUUGAAGGGGAGAAUGAGAAAUUGCGUGAUGUGUCGCGCAAGGAAGAGAAUGUUGAGGAGUUGAGGAGGUUAAAGAAGAGGAGGGCUACUAAAAAGAGGAUUUUGAAAGAGAAUGAACCGAAACCCGAUCCUUAUUGGUUGAGAACGUUUUUUAGUUUUGCUCCUGAGGAGGCUGCUAAACUACCUGAUUAUGGCCAUUGUGGGAUUUUGAGUCCUUUGCUUGCUAAUGUUUGUCUUAAUGAGUUGGAUCACUGGAUGGAGGAAAAGAUUGUUGAGUUUUUCAGGCCGUGUGCAUUUGAUUCCAUAUGGAAGCAUUCGAUUGAUGAUGGGUGUCAUAACCCUGCGUGGCCAGAGUUUGUUCCGUCGAGUGGGAGAGAAAAGACUAGGAAGAUGGAUUAUGUUAGAUUUGGGGGGCAUUUUCUGAUUGGGAUCCGAGGGCCUAGGGAGGAUGCUGCAGAAUUGAGGAGGAAGAUUGUUGCAUUUUGUGAGAGUGUGUUUGGGGUGAGGUUGGAUAAUUCAAAGCUGGAGAUUGAGCAUGUUACUAGGGGGAUACAGUUCUUGGAUCAUACAAUAUGCCGGAGGGUGAUACACCCUACCUUGCGUUACACAGGUUCUGGAGGGAACAUAGUGAGUGAAAAGGGUGUGGGGACUUUGCUUUCUGUUACAGCUAGCCUGCAGCAAUGUAUUCGCCAGUUUAGGAGGCUUGAGCUUGUGAAGGGUGAUAAGGACCCUGAGCCACUUCCGUGUAAUCCUAUGUUGUAUUCUGGUCAAGCUCAUACGAAUUCUCAGAUGAAUAAGUUCCUUGAGACCAUGGCUGAUUGGUAUAGGUAUGCUGAUAAUCGCAAAAAGAUUGUUGGCUUUUGUGCAUAUGUUGUUCGGAGCUCUUUGGCCAAAUUGUAUGCUGCUAGGUAUAGGCUGAAGUCCCGUGCCAAGGUGUAUGGAAUAGCUUCAAGAAAUCUCAGUCGUCCUCUGAGGGAGAGCAGUAACAAUUCUGCACCUGAAUAUUCAGAUCUUUUGAGGAUGGGGCUGGUUGAUGCAAUUGAAGGUGUUCAGUUUUCGCACAUGUCUUUAAUUCCAUCUUGUGAUUAUACUCCAUUCCCGAGAAACUGGAUCCCAGAUCAUGAGAGGGUGUUGCAUGAGUAUAUAAAACUUGAAAAUCCCAAGUUUUUCUGUGAGUUGCUCAGAUCUGUUAAGCGAAAAGGUUUAAGUCUGCCUCAAGAUGAAAUAUCUCAAAUGGUAUGGGACUACAAAACUCUUGGGGUUCGUUACUUUCAAUGUAACAAGGAUAAAGAAAUAAAAUCUGAUUUGAAGGAGAUAACUGAGUAAACCUGGCAAUGAUCUAAAAUUAGUGGUAUCUUCUCAAUAUCAAGGUUCUGCUUCCAAAUUGGUGUGAUCUGGUAGAAAAAUGGUUUUGUGUAUUGCUGAGCCAUUUUUUAUGUUGAAUACUUUAGGGUGAAAGACCUUCAAAUACUAGAACACUAGUCCAUGCUGGCAUUAUCUACAUAAAAGGCAGAAUACGUCCAUUUGAUGGGUGCAUGGCUCAGAUGGCAGCAUUGCAAUUAACUACUGAGUACAGACAAUUUGGAAUAUGGCAACAGAAAUUUGGUUUCCAGGGAUGUAUUGUUUAGUUGGACAGAAACUACUUUAAUUCAUGACCUGGAGGAAACCUUGAUGAUUGAUGUACAGCUUAAAGAGAAGAAAAGUUUUCAAGGUAUGAUUUAUCAUUCAGUGUACCAGUCUUCCAGGAGCUUCCAUUUAGAUCCAUCCCAACUGUGGUAGAAACCGUCCUUUCUCACCGACCAAUAAACAGGGUGGUAGCCUUUGUCCCUCAAGGCAUGGUACGCGUCCCAAGUGGUAAACCAGGGCAACCACAGCAGUGCAUUCGAAAUCUUGAUCCACUGUGAGAGUGCAGUUGUGGUGAUUGCCUGGUUUGAGAUAAAAGGAAGAACCUUUGUUGCAACGAAGUUCUAAUUGCACCUUGGGGUGUUGUUGUAUGUCAGCAACUGUGUGUGGCUUGUGACUAUAAGGCCUAGCAAGUGUUGAUGUGCUCAGACAAUAGUACGAGAGCAAGAGUAGAAAAAAAGGUGCAGAAGGGGUGAGGGAGAGCCAUUGUUUUGCGUUGAUGGGAAUGGAAUUUGUCUUUGAUAGAGUGAGAGGAGCAGGGUGCUAUAGCAGUUGAAACGUAUUUUAGUUGGGGUCUACAGUUUCAUGAAAAAUUAAAUGUUGCAUUCCAGAUGCAGCACCGUAGGUCUUCAUUCUACGUUUUCUUUCCCAAAGAAUGAGAAACAUCAUGAAAAAAAAAAAAAAUAGAACAUGUGAUUUGAGAAUUCAUCUCCUGUAGGUUCACAAAGGUAUUACUUUUUCUGAUAAUAAACACAUUUUAUACACCA